AUGACGAUUAAAGAAAAUGGGAGAGUGAUGUUAAAAAUGAGGAUUGCUUUGGAAAGAAGGGCGUGGUUGGAUAGAAGAGGAGGGGAGGAAGCCUUCUCGGUUGCAGUCACCAUACCCACAAUGUUUGGCCGUUUCAUGCUUUUGGUGUCCACAAUUCUGCUCGCGCUUUUCGCUUUCACAACGGCCAGUCCACUCAUCUACCGGAAUCCCCAGUUUGACGACAUGCGGGAAUUCCGAAUGGCAAAACGAGCAAACGCAGAGCUCAUCAAUGGAUUGAUUGGCAUGGAUCUUAGCAAGCUGUCUCAAGUGGGGAAACGUUCGAACGCCGAACUGAUCAACGGACUUCUUGGCAUGAAUCUCAACAAGCUCUCAUCAGCUGGACGAAAA